CCCGCCGCCGCCGCCAGCAUGAGAAUCGAAACGUGCUACUUUUGCUCGAGUCCCGUGUACCCGUCCAAGGGCAUCACCUUUGUGCGAAAUGACGCCAAGAGCUUCCGCUUCUGCAAGAGCAAGUGCCACAAGAACUUCAAGAUGAAGCGCAACCCGCGCAAGCUGGCAUGGACCAAGAGCUUCCGCCGCGCACAUGGCAAGGAGAUGACGGUCGACUCCACCCUCACCUUUGCCCAGCGCCGCAAUGUGCCUGUGCGCUACAACCGCGACCUGGUCCAGACAACGCUCAAGGCCAUGGGCCGCAUAUCCGAGAUCCGGGCACGAAGGGAGCGUGCCUUUUACAAGGCCCGCAUGCGCGGCAACAAGCAGCGACAGCGUGAAGAGGACCGCAAGCUGGUCAUGGAAAACCAGCACCUGCUGCCCCCGAGCGAGAGGUUCUCCAAGGAGGAGCUGGAGCAGCAACAGAUGGAGCCCCAUGUUCAGACGGUCAAGGACAAGGUGGCUGCCCGGAGAAAGGAGCUGGAGGCCCAAGAGAGCGAGCUUAGCGAUGCCGAGGAAGAGAUGCUGCCCAAGACGAAGAGCAAGAGGAAGAUGAAGAUGAAGCUUGGCGGUCGCGGUGUUGAGGCCAUGGACAUGGAUGAGUAGCCAGUCAUUCAACAAAAGACGGCGACACCUGCUGGUUGGCGACUGAAAUCUGCUGGGCCUGGCAGGUUGAGACUGUUCCCGGAGUCUGGCGUCACAUUAU